GCCCUUGUUCUGUCACUUCAGUUGCUGACAAAGAGUCCUCUCCCACUUCCCUGUAGGUCAGGAUGUUCCUGCAGGGUCACACAUGUGGCUGAAGCUGCAGCCAGGAGAGAGAGAAGCCAAGCUGGCAGAGAGAGGAAAUGGGGAAAGUGACAUGAGAGAUGAGAGAAGAAGGAAAAAGUAGAGACAUGCAAGGCAUUGGGUUGGGUGAUUUGUGGCAUUCCUGCCUUUUAUUAGAGGCCAGGUUCUCUGGUGCACUCAAUGACUGUGUGAUUGCGGCGUGUCCACAGUGAGGCCGUGUGAGCGAGCUGCACUCCCAGAGGCCGGAGCACACUUGCUUCAAGUGCUGAUGAAUGAGGCCAGAGAUGGGUCUUUGUGUGGAACUCCAAACGCUGUGCAUUGCCAUGAAGAGUGUUGUCCUGGGUUGACUAUAUGAUGCUUUUAUCCCCAAUCGUCUUGUUCUGUUUACGCUGAAUAAUAUGUUUUAAACCUUUAAGACUCUCUUCCAGACAGUGAGGACGGGAGGGAAGAAGCGCACAGUUUGUUUUCAGACUGCUCUCACUCCUCCACAUUCCUGCUCCUGGACUGUGUUGUCUGCGGAUGGACAGACAGCCGGACAGAGCUCCUUUUUUCCCUUUUUCUUUUUUUUAGUUAGUUUUAGCUGGCUGAGGCAAAGAAGUUCUCCAGAUUGUGAUUUUUUUCCUUUUUUCUUGGACCUGUUCAAGCCUGCUCUGCACUGAACACCCAGAAGAGCACCGGCAGCUCCACCUGUAGCCCCUGGCCAGGCCUAGGCCGCGGCGUUUCCAGCACCAGAGACUGAUCAGAGACUGAGUGAGCCAAGCUGCAACCAGGAGAGAGGACUGUUCUGAGUUUGCUUUCCUUGGAUCAAGAAAACAUGAAGCUAUAAGAUGAAAAAUCCACCGCUGCUCUGGCCCGAAAAGUACGUGAAUUAAAAGAAGACAAAGCUCAGAGAAGAAGUUCCACCACAAGGAAAGCAGCUCCAGUUACCCAUAGCCGAACUGCCAGGUAUGAUAAUAAUAAUGACAUGUCUAAUCCCCUUGAAAAAACCUCUAAGACAUAUGCCCAAAGAAAGAAAGAUAACCAAGCUUAGAGGAGCCCUGCCGCUAGCCAAGUAGAAGCUAAAAAAAAUCGUGUUUUCUGGACAGUAUAGAUUCGUUGGCCUGGCACAUCAGAACCACAAAAGUAUAAAGCUUUAGUCAACACUGGUACACAGUGUACCAUAAUUCCAUCAAGACACGUAGGGACAGAAUCCGUUUCUAUCGCUGGUGUGACAGGGAGAUCACAAGACUUCACUUUAGUAGAAGCUGAUGUGAGCUUGACUGAGAAUGAGUAGAAGAAACAUCCUAUUGUGACUGGCCCAAAAGCCCCAUGUAUCCUGGGCAUAGAUUAUCUGUGAAGUAGGUAUUUCAAAGACCCAAAAGGACUGAAGUAAGCAUUUAAGAUAGCAACUAUAGUAACAGAGGGCGUCCAGCAAUUGAAUACCUUGCUUAGACUGUCUGAAAAUCCAUCUACAAUAAAGCUUCUAAAGAGAAAAGAACAACAAGUACCAAUUGCCACUUCCACAGCACAUUGUCGACAAUAUAAAACCACUCGAGAUGCUGUAAUUCCCAUCCAUAAGAUGAUGUGAGAGCUAGAGAGCCAAAGAAUAGUCAACAAAACCCACUCACCCUUCAACAGCCCCAUCUAGCCUGUGCAUAAAUCUAAAAGAGAAUAGAGACUGACGGUUAACUACCGUGCAUUAAAUAAAGUGAGUCCACCACUGAGCGCUGCUGUACGAGACAUAUUAGAGCUCCAGUAUGAGCUUGAGUCCAAAGCAGCGAAGUAGUAUGCCACUAUCAAUAUUGCCAAUACAUUUUUCUCCAUUCCGCUGACAGCAGAAUGCAAGCCUCAGUUUGCCUUCACCUAGAGAGGUGUGCAGUACACUUGAAACCGACUGCCCCAGGAGUAGAAGCACAGUCCUACCAUCUGCCAUAGACUGAUCCAAAGUACACUAGAAAAAGGUAAAACUCCAGAACAUCUGCAGUAUAUUGAUGACAUCAUUAUAUAGGGGAAGACAGCAGCAGAAGUGUUUGAGAAAAGAGAGAAAAUUAUCCAAAUUCUCCUGAAAGCCGGCUUUACCAUCAAGAAGAGCAAAGUCAAAAGACCUGCUCAAGAAAUCCAGUUUCUAAGAGUAAAGUAGCAAGACGAACAGCGUCAGAUUCCCACUGAUGUCAUCAACAAGAUAACAGCAAUGUCUCCACCAUCCAACAAGAAGGAAACACAAGCUUUCCUAAGUGCCAUAGGUUUUUAGAAAAUGCACAUUCCUGAAUAUAGUCAAAUCGUGAGCCCUCUCUAUCUAGUCACCCAUAAAAAGAACACUUUCCACUAGAGCCCUGAACAGCAACAAGCCUUCGUCCAAAUUAAGCAAAAAAUCGCUCAUGCAGUAACCCUUAGCCCAGUCAAAACAAGACCAGAUGUGAAAAAUGUGCUCUAUUCUACAGCCGGGAACCAUGGUUUGUCCUAGAACUUGUAGCAGAACGUGCCUGAAGAGACUCGAAGCCGACCACUGGGAUUUUAGAGUCGAAACUACAGAAAGUCUGAAGCCAACUAUACUCCAACAGAGAAAGAAAUUUUAGGAACCUAUAAAAGAGUCCAAACUGCCUCAGAAGUAAUAAACACCGAAGCACAACUCCUCCUGGCACCCCGACUACCAGUACUGGGGUGGAUGUUCAAAGCAAAAGUUCCCUCUACCCACCAUGCCACCAGUGCUACAUAAAAUAAGUAGAUUGCUCUCAUAACAGAGCGUGCCCGUAUUAGAAAGCUGAAUCGCCCUGAAAUUCUAGAAAUAAUUACAAACUAGCCAGAAAGUAAAAACUUCAGUCUCACUGAUAAAGAAGAACAAGAAAUGACACAUGCUGAAGAAGCUCCUCCAUAUAACCAACUGCCAGCGGAAGAAACACAAUAUGCUCUUUUUACUGAUGGUUCCUGUCGCAUGGUAGGAAUGAAUCGGAAGUGGAAAGCAGCCGUAUGGAGCCCCACACGACAGGUUGCAGAGGCCACUGAAGGAGAAGAUGGAUCAAGCCAACUUGCUGAACUCAAAGCUGUUCAACUGGCCUUGGACAUUGCUGAAAGAGAGAGGUGGCCAAAGCUCUACCUCUACACUGAUUCAUGGAUGGUAGCCAACGCUCUGUGGGGAUGGCUGGAGAGGUGGAAAGAGGCUAAUUGGCAGCGUAGAGGAAAACCAGUUUGGGCUGUUGAAGAGUGGAAAGACAUCGCUACCAGGGUAGGGAGGCUACCUGUGAAGGUCCGCCAUGUAGAUGCCCAUGUCCCCAAGAGUAGAGCUAAUGAGGAGCACAAGAACAAUGAGCAGGUAGACCAGGCUGCAAAGAUAGGGGUGUCCAAGAUAAACCUAGAUUGGGAGCAUAAGGGAGAGUUAUUCCUAGCUCGAUGGGCCCAUGAUGCCUCAGGUCAUCAGGGUAGAGAUGCCACCUAUAAGUGGGCACGAGACCGAGGGGUGGAUUUAACCAUGGACAGUAUUUCUCAAGUUAUCCACAACUGUGAGACGUGUGCUGCCAUCAAACAGGCCAAGCGGGUGAAGCCCCUAUGGUAUGGUGGGCGGUGGUCCAAGUACAAGUGUGGGGAGGCCUGGCAGAUUGACUACAUCACACUGCCCCAGACACGCCAAGGCAAGCGCUACGUGCUCACAAUGGUAGAAGCCACCACAGGAUGGUUGGAGACCUACCCUGUGCCUCAUGCUACUGCCUGUAAUACCAUCCUGUGCCUGGAAAAGCAAGUCCUGUGGAGACAUGGUACCCCUGAGAGGACUGAGUCAGGGAAUGGGACUCAUUUCAAGAACAGCCUUAUCAGCACCUGGGCCAGAGAACAUGGCAUUGAGUGGGUGUACCAUAACCCCUACCAUGCACCAGCUGCGGGCAAAGUGGAAAGGUACAAUGGGCUGCUAAAAAGCACCUUAAAAGCCUUAGGUGGGGGAUCUUUCAAAAAUUGGGAGCAGCAUUUGGCAAAGACCACCUGGUUAGUUAAUACCCAAGGCUCUACUAACUGAGUGGGCCCUGCCCAAUCUGAGCCUUUGCAUAGAGUAGAUGGAGACAAAGUCCCAGUGGUACAUGUCAGCGGUUUGUUAGGGAAGACAGUUUGGAUCAAUCCUGCCUCGAGUACAGACAAACCCAUUUGCGGGGUUGUUUUUGCUCAGGGACCAAGUUGCACAUGGUGGAUAAUGCAAAAAGAUGGAAGAACACGAUGUGUACCUCAGGGAGAUCUGAUUGUUGGGUGAGAACCAUGUAUAAAUAUCACUGUUUGCUGAAUGUUGCCACCAUUGUCUGUGUAUAGCUGUAUAUUAGAUGUAUAAUGUAUGUGUUUGUAGAGUUAGAAUAUAUAUAUUAGUUUUAGUAGUAAGCCGAUGAUAUGGGGAUAAGGGGUGGAAUGUCCUGGGUUGACUAUAUGAUGCUUUUAUCCCCAAUCGUCUUGUUCUGUUUAUACUGAAUAAUAUGUUUUACACCUUUAAGACUCUCUUCCAGACAGUGAAGAGGGGAGGGAAGAAGCGCACAGUUUGUUUUCAGACUGCUCUCACUCCUCCACAUUCCUGCUCCUGGACUGUGUUUUCUGCGGAUGGACAGACAGCCGGACAGAGCUCCUUUUUCCCUAUUUCUUGCUUUUAGUUAGUUUUACCUAGCUGAAUCAAAGAAGUUCCCUGGACUGUGAUUUUUUCCUUUGUUCUUGGACCUGUUCAAGCCUGCUCUGGACUGAACACCCAGAAGAGCACCAGCAGCUCCACCUGUAGCCCCCCUGUCUGGGCCUGGGCAGCAGCAUUUCCAGCACCAGAGAGACUGAUCAAAGACUGAGUGAGCCGAGCUGCAACCCGGGGAGGUGACUGUUCUGAGUUUGCUUGUUUUUUUGGAUCAGUGAAAAGUUUUGUUGUUUAAUAUUGUUUGGGUUCUAUUGUUUAAUAAACAGGUUUCUUUCCA